UGCGCCGGCGCCGCCAGAGAGGCGUGCGCAUGCGCGGGGCGGGGCGGGGCGGCGGGAGCGCGCCUCGCGCGUGCGCUUGCCGCCGAGUAACGGUCGUGGCUGAGCGCGGUUGGAUGUUUAGUGUUAGGGAGACCGUAUGGAAAUAAGACCCUGCCCCGUGAUACAAACAGCUUCAAUCUUCUGCAUUGAGCAGCUAAAAACCCCACCAAAUGUGUAGUGUUUUCAGUGUCCAGUAUGACAUAAAUGCUUUAAAAAAAUUGAACUAAAAUCCUUGAUCCGGUGAUGGGAGACAUCUUAGAAGUUCAACAGAGACUAAAGGUCAAAUUCACAACUGUCCCCCAUGUCUUCUCCUUCAUAAAAACUUGUUAAAUGCAUAGAGGAUAUUGCUACUAAUAGGAUUGCUUCUAUGAUUGGAGUAACAAGUUUCACUGUUUGAGGUCAUCUUCUCUGGCAGUGUGUAGGAGAGACCUGAAGAUCAUCUUCCGCCUCAGCUUGCCACAAACUGCAAACAGCAAAAUGACAGUCAGCCCCCCGGCACCACCCUCCGCCGCCGCCAUCGGCUUUAUGUUACACGGAGGCCCCCUUCACCGCCGGUCCAGCGGGAGGAGCCGCGUUUUCAGCGCUGCCGCUGCCGAGAGGUGAUUCAUGGCAGGGGACGUGGAAGGGUUUAGCUCCUCCAUCCAUGACACCAGUGUCUCUGCUGGAUUCAGAGCACUGUAUGAGGAGGGAUUGCUUCUUGAUGUCACACUUGUCAUUGAAGACCACCAAUUUCAGGCCCAUAAAGCACUGCUUGCCACCCAGAGUGAUUACUUCAGGAUUAUGUUCACAGCUGAUAUGCGAGAACGAGAUCAGGACAAAAUCCAUUUGAAAGGUCUGACAGCUACAGGCUUCAGUCAUGUCCUCCAGUUCAUGUACUAUGGAACUAUUGAACUGAGUAUGAACACUGUUCAUGAAAUCCUUCAGGCUGCAAUGUAUGUCCAGCUUAUAGAGGUGGUGAAAUUUUGCUGCUCUUUUCUCUUAGCUAAAAUCUGCUUAGAAAACUGUGCAGAAAUUAUGAGACUUCUGGAUGAUUUUGGUGUAAACAUCGAAGGAGUCAGGGAAAAAUUGGACUCCUUUCUGCUAGAGAAUUUUGUGCCACUCAUGUCCAGACCUGACUUCCUUUCAUAUCUGAGCUUUGAGAAGCUCAUGUCUUACUUGGAUAAUGAUCAUCUGAGCAGGUUUCCAGAGAUAGAGCUGUAUGAAGCUGUUCAGGCCUGGCUGCGCCAUGAUAGAAGACGCUGGAGGCAUACGGACACCAUCAUUCAGAACAUCAGGUUUUGCUUGAUGACACCAUCCAAUGUUUUUGAGAAGGUAAAAACAUCAGAGUUUUAUCGAUACUCCCGGCAGCUGCGACAUGAGGUUGACCAAGCCAUGAAUUACUUUCAUAGCGUUCACCAACAGCCUUUGAUGGAAAUGAAAUCGAACAAAAUUCGUUCUGCCAAACCCCAGACUGCAGUGUUUAGAGGAAUGAUAGGACACAGUAUGGUAAACAGUAAAAUUCUUCUCUUGCACAAACCAAGGAUCUGGUGGGAACUAGAGGGUCCUCAAGUACCCUUACGACCAGACUGCCUUGCCAUUGUGAAUAACUUUGUGUUCCUAUUAGGUGGGGAAGAACUGGGGCCAGAUGGUGAGUUUCAUGCUUCGUCCAAAGUGUUUAGAUAUGACCCAAGACAGAACACUUGGUUACGAAUGGCAGACAUGUCUGUUCCACGUUCUGAGUUUGCCGUUGGAGUUAUUGGGAGGUAUGUUUAUGCAGUGGCUGGGAGAACCAGGGAUGAAACAUUUUACUCAACUGAACGGUAUGAUAUUACUGAAGAUAAAUGGGAAUUUGUGGAUCCCUAUCCAGUCAAUAAAUACGGACAUGAAGGGACUGUGCUUGGUAACAAGUUGUAUAUCACUGGUGGAAUUACGUCUUCUUCAACUUCUAAGCAAGUGUGUGUGUUUGAUCCCAGUAAAGAAGGGGCAGUAGAGCAGCGCACAAGGAGAACUCAAGUGGUCACUAACUGUUGGGAGAACAAAUGCAAAAUGAAUUAUGCAAGAUGUUUUCACAAAAUGAUUUCUUAUAAUGGUAAGCUUUAUGUCUUUGGUGGUGUCUGUGUGAUCCUGCGGGCCUCCUUUGAAUCUCAAGGAUGUCCUUCUACAGAGGUUUAUGAUCCAGAUACAGAUCAGUGGACUAUAUUGGCUUCUAUGCCAAUUGGUAGGAGUGGUCAUGGUGUAGCUGUUUUGGACAAACAGAUAAUGGUUCUUGGAGGCCUUUGUUACAAUGGUCAUUACAGUGAUUCAAUUCUCACCUUUGAUCCAGAGGAAAACAAAUGGAAAGAAGAUGAAUAUCCAAGAAUGCCAUGCAAGCUGGAUGGCUUACAAGUCUGCAGCUUGCACUUCCCUGAGUAUGUUUUGGAGCACGUUAGACGUUGCAGCUAAACCAGAAUGAACAACUUAAUAAAGUACAAAAGCUAUACAUAAUUUGUCAAAAAUACAAACCACCUGGAUUCCUUCAGAGGCAUUACCUUGUGUUGUAAGAACAACUGCUAAAUGCUUAAGAGAAACAGGAUAUACAGAGAGAGUACUUACCAAGUUCAUUAGAAAAGCUGAUAGUUGGUCUGAUAUUGUAAAAGCUUUGUGUUUGUUUUUCUUUUUUAACAAACAUGAUUGUCAGUAGGGGAAAGAAAAAUAUAUUUUUGAGUGUUGUUACUUUUUUUUUUUUAAUGGCCAUUAUACCACUAUGCUUCUGAAGUCAGUGGAGUUUAACAAAAUAUUUGUGUAAGGAAGGCUUUCUUUUCAUUUUUCUUAUUGAGGAUCAAAAUAAAGCUCAUCAUCUGUACUAGGUUACAAGGAGGUUUAGAAGAACAAAACAAAACCAUUUCUGUAUUUUAUGUUGUCUUUUUGAUACUUCUCCCAUUAAUUGCAAGGUAUUAUCAAAUCUUCUAGGUGUUUUUGUUUUCCCUUAUAUAUGUUAAAGAAUAAUCUUAACCCCUUUGCAUGACCUUUUUCCUGGUUUUGUACAGUAGUACUGGUAAGUCUGCCAAAAUUCAAAUCACACAUUUGCUACUACAUUGAAAAUGAAACAUUUUUCCAUUCAAAACACUAUUUCUAUGCUGCCUUCUAUUGACUGCAUUGCGUUUGCUGGUGAGUAAAGAAUGUAUACACACAUGCGUACACUAUGGAAACCAUCUAUAAAUACAUCUUUUUAUGUGCAGUUACAAUAUUAUAUUUUAACUAGUGCACAGGUUCAGCUAUAUCUGUUGAAUUUAAGGUAUAGUACUGUCCUUUAAUGAGCUAAAUAAUUUGAAGUUAUUAAGUAACUGGAGGCCUCAUUUGGUAUUGAAGUAUCUUUAGUAUAUACUGAUUGAUUCAGUAACUUUUUUAUAUCAAUGCUACAAAAUCAACUGUUGAUAAUUUGUUAUUUUAUAAAUUAUUUUUAAAAAGUAAACACAUCUGAGUUUCCUUUA